AUGGCAGCAUUCGAACUGCAGCACGGCUCUAAUCUUGUUGCUGAUAGAUCUGGUUCAAGUCGACUUGCCAUAUUAUGUCUAGUUCAAGGAAAUGGGCGAGUGAGUGUUUCGGGCUCUGCAAAACUGUAUGCAAUCACAUGUCAAAUUCAAAUAAUUGACGCUCAAGCAAGUGGAUCUGGGCAAGCUUAUGUUAAUGGUGUAGGAAUUCGUGCGCGCAAUUUACAAGAUAAUCAAACUAAAUGUCACGAUUGUUUAACAGCUGAAACUAAACAUGUUGCUCACAUUCUUGAUACUAAUAUUUCACUUUUAUUAACUACAAUUGUAUCUCGAUUAGUAAGUGAAACUCAACAAUACAAAAAUGCUUUCUUAAAUGUAUUUGAUGAAGAGUCGUACGACAUUUCAUUUGCUAAGCAAUAUAAAAAAUUAUUAAUUCAAGAUCCAGGCAAAAUAUUUUAG